CUUUAUUCCUGAUUUCAUACGCUUUAAAAAAUAAUCACGAUGAAAGAUGGGGUACGAUUUGAUUGUGGAUGGUUUGCAGACCAAAGUGACUUUACAUGAAGAUAAGUUAAUGUUUGAAUCAAGUGGCAAAACAGAGACCAGUUACCAGUUAAAUGACGUCAUCGGUUGUGAUGAGGCGGUGAAGGGAUGGUUUAACAAGACUGAGUUUACUCGAUUAUGGCUUAUCGAAAAUGGUGCUUCAAAUAUGCUAAUGAAAGAGUGCAAAAUAAUAUCUGGGGAUCAAAGGAAAGAUUUUCAACAAGAUUUGACUAAAAGGAUAUCAAAUGGAACAAAACGUCCCAAGAGAGUUUUGAUUAUGAUAAACCCUAUUGGCGGUAAUGGAACAGCCAUAAAGGAUUUCCGGAAUAUCGUGGAACCAGUUUUUAAACUUGCAGGAAUAUCCAUGGAUAUAAUAUUUUCUGAACGUGCAGGUCAUAUGAUAGACGUGGCAAAAACCUACGACAUUUCUAAAAUUGAUGGCAUUGUACUACUUGGUGGAGACGGGUCGUAUCAUGAGGUGAUCAACGUAUUGAUGAGAAGGAGACAAGAGGAACAAGGCGUGGAUAUUAAUGAUCAAAAUGCAACGCUCUCCCCCUUGAACAUUCCUAUAGCCAUGAUACCAACUGGAACUGGUUGCGUGGUGACGGAAAAAUACACAGGCUGUAAAGAUGUUCUUACGGUUGCUCUUCAUGUCGUUAAAGGGAGAACUGUGUCAUCGCACCUGCUGGCUCUGUACAACAAUGGUAAACUCCUUGGAUUCGGAGGAACAUCAUGCACAUACGGAAUCUUGACAGAUCUUUUCUACUACUCCGACAGGAAGUUUCGCUGGCUUGGACGAUCGCGUUAUUUUAUUGUUCCCAUGUGGAUGUUCCUUUUCAAAUCUCAAACAAAUCGCGCUUUCACAGCCAAAGUCACCUAUUUUACAUCAGUUACCGAAAGACGCAAUAGUGAGAUUAAUGAGACGGAGAUCUUUGUUGAAGACAAAAAGCUGUCAGGAUAUAGUUCUUACACUUCUGAUACAGUGAUCUUCGACCGGAAGUUGUGGAAUAUGAUGACCCUAAAUGGCAACGUCAUCUUUGAUGGUCAAGUCGUGUUUGACGUCCCUAAAAUGUUUGUUCCUAAACACACCACGUUUUCCACCUUUCAUUUUUAUGGUGGAUUUUCUGCUGGGGUUAUGUUUAGGUUUCUCAAACACGUUGCUAGGAGAACGCCGAUGGAAGUCUCAAAUAAUGAUUUGGAGGCAUUAAAUGUCCGAGGGUUCACGGUUGAAAUGAAAGACAGUUUUGAGAACGAAGAUCCAGAAUUGACGUUGUUGAGGCGGCUGAUACAGUUGGACGGAGAGAUGUAUGAGCUGGAAUCUCCAUCGUUUCAAUUAUGGUACAAACUGGACGUUGUACAGAUCUUUUCCAGUUAUCUGUGAAUUACACUUUUAGCUUACCUGAGCUGAAAGCUCAAGUGAGCUUUUCUAAUCAUCCGUUGUCUGUCCGUCUGUAAACUUUUCACAUUUUCGACUUCUUCUCAAGAACCACUGUGUCAAUUUUAACCAAAGUUGGCAUAAAACAUCCAUGGGUAAAGGGGAUUCUAAAUUGUUCAAAUAAGGGUUUAGCCUGCUUUCAAAGGGAGAUAAUCAAGAAAAGGCAAAAAUAGGGUGUAGUCAUUAAAAAUCUUCUUGAAGUUCUUCUCAAGAACCACUGAGCCUGAAAAGCUGAAACGUAUGUGGAACCUUUCUGAGGAAAUUAGAUUCUAAAUUUUUCGAAUCAAGACCUCCGGGGUUAGGGUGGGGCUACAAAAAGGGGAUGCAAGUUUUACAUUAAAGUAUAUAAGAAAAAUCUUUGAAAAUAUUUUUAAGAACCACUGGGCCAGAAAAGGUGACACUUGUGUGGAAGCUUUGUGAGGAAUUGUAGAAUCUAAAUUGUUCAAAUCAUGGCCCCCGGGGUAAGGUAGGACCACAAUAAGGGAUGACAGUUUUACUUUGAAAUAUACAUGAAAAAUCUUUUUAAAAAGCUUCUUCUCAAGAACCACUGGACUAGAUAACGUGAAACUUAUGUGGAAACUUCGUUAGGAAGUUUAAAUUCUAAAUUGUUCAAAUCAUGCAUAUGACCCCCCAGGGGUAAGGUAGGGCCACAUUUUUACAUUGAAAUAUAUAAGAACAAUCUGUAAAAAUCUUCCUCUAGAACCACUGGACUAGAUAAGGUGAAACUUAUGUGGAAGCCUCCUGAAGAAGUGUAUAUUCUAAAUUGUUGAAAUCAUAGACCCUUGGGGUAGAAUGGGGUCACAAUAAAGGAUCCAAGUUUUACUUUGAAAUAUUAUUGAGAAAAAGCUUUGAAAAUCUUAAUUCCUCUCAAGAACCACUGGAUUGGAAAAGAUGAAACUUAUAUGAAAGCUUUCUGAGUAAGUGUGGAUUCUAAAUUUUUUAAAUCAUGAUUUUCAGGGAUAUAGGGUGGGACCACAAUAAAGGAUCAAAGUUUUACAUUGAAAUAUUUCAGAAAAAUCUGAAGAAGAAUAGCACGGUUCCGAUUAUCUAUAUGGAAGUAUUCUUGGGUGGUGUAGAUUCAAAUACUUGAAAUCAUGACCCCAAUGGUACGGUGGGGCCACAAUAUGUGAUCAAAGUUUUGCAUAGGAAUAAACAGGAGGGCCAUAGUGACUCAGGUGAGCAUUGUGGUCCAUGGGCCUCUUGUUUUAUUUUGUUUUGUUUUGAACAUAUUUUAUUAUGUAAUAAAUACAUAACAGGGUUGGGCAGCAGGCAUAGCCUAUAUAAGCCCUCUUCACAGGUACAAGGUUAAUUGAAAUAUACAUAUUACUAUAUAUAAAUACACGUUCAUAUCACCAAUAAGUUUUAGAUAAGUAACACAAAAUUGAAUGGAAUUUAGGAGAAAAAAAAGAGUGGAGAAAAAAAAAUCAAAUGAAUACCGGUUUAUGUGAAAAUGAGAGAAAAAACUGAAAGAUGGGAAUAAUAGCAAUUUAUAUAAAAUACAAUGAAUGUGUAUUUGAUUUAAGUAAGAAACAAAUAUUUCAUAAUUUCACAUCAUUUAUGAAACCUCUUGGUUUGUGAAAUAUAUUCAUGAACACAAUCAGACAAUUUCAUAUUUUUUGCAUAAGGAAUAUUACUAUCACCAAAUAACAAUAGAUUUAGAGAUACAGGAUGUUGCAGGUCCAUACUAGAUAUAAAAUCAAAAAGAGUAUUUCUUUGCUCAACAUAACAUGGACACUCUAAGAAAAAAUAAUAUGCAUUUUCAGUAUGAAAACCACAGUUUUCACAUUUGGAACUUUCAUUUAUAUAAUCUUUCUGUAAAUCAGCAUUUAAACUACUAGCAUUAUUUCUUAAUUGACAGUGAAUAAUAUUUUGACUACGAUUUCCAUGAUUAAAAAGCUUAUUGGGAGUUCUGUAAUGAGCCUUUUUAAUGGCAUUAGUGUAUGAAGAUAGAGUUGAUAAAUUUCUAAUAUGAUAUGGUAAAUUAUUCCAUAGUUUAAUUGUAGAUGGGAAAUAACUAUUCAUAUAUGAUGUGGUCCUAGUUUGAGGAAUAAGAAAAGUAAGACCAUCAUUGUUUCUUAAGGAAUAUGGGGAGUGGGGUGGAAUACAAGGUUUUAGUAGAUCUUGAAGGUAUUGUGGUGCUAUCCCAUACACUAUCUUGUAAAAUAAUAUUAAUUUAUGUACUUUCCUUCUGUCAGAUAAUGUAUUCCACCCCAGUUCAUCAUAUAAAAGUGUUCUUGAUGAGUUCACUCUCAUUCCUGUAAUAAUUCUUGCAGCAGUAAUUUGAACUUCUUCCAAUAAAGAUGAUUCCCCUUCAUUAAUUAUCCCAAACAACAUUACCAUAUUCUAAGACUGGUCUAAUAAAUGACAUAUCUAUUUUUAUUAACGCAUCUCGACAAAGAGAAUGUUUUAACAUUCGUAGAACAUUUAAGCGUUUACAUGCUUUUUCAUACGUAAUUUGUAUGUGAGAUUUCCAGUUGGCAUCACACUGAAAAUUUAGUCCUACUUGUUUCAUAAGUGUUGUAUGCCUUAAUCGUACUUUCAAAAUUGUUAACAUACCAAGGACUUUUUUGUAUACUUUGUUUAUUUGUCCAUAUUCUUUUUGAAGAACUAGUUGUGACACGCCAAAUGAGCAGAAAUGAGCUUUACAUUUACAUUUCAUAAACUAAGGUUAUCAUUUGUAAACUGAAGUUUACGCAGCGUAAGCUACAUGAUUGAUCUCUAUAAUUAACAUCUCCAAACCAUAGUUUACACCCCAGCCUGUGUCUCCCAUGUGUAACUGAAGUAUACUUACAUGUAUCUGUGAAAAGAAUGUUAUUUUAUACAGUUCACAACUUUAAACUUCAGUUUACAGCUUUGUAAAGCGCUACCCCCCCCCCCCCCCAAAUGAUAAACAGAGUUUUAUGUUUGAGAAACGUCUCUUGUUUUGUAUUAAAUUUGCAGAUUUUUAUUUUAUUUUUUUUUUUGAGACUCUAAUGUCCUGGCCCGAUAUAUCCGACUUUUUACAGGCGUUUUUUAAGAUUUUGAUAUUUGACUGACACGUCAAAUUUAAAAAUCUUCAGUGAAAAACGCCUAGAAAACGUCAGAUAUUUGGGCACGUCAAAUAUCAAAAUCUUGAAAAAAGCAUGGAAAACGACGGAUAUUUCGGACUAAAAGUGUCCUAGCUACAUGUAGUUAUUUCAUAGUGCAAUCUUUCUUCGCCUUGCCACAGUUUUUGUAUUUUAUAAAGUAUAUGUUAUGAAGUCUAUUUUUAUGCCAGCAUAAUUAUUUUUAUACCUAUACCUAUUUUUAUACCUAUCGUCUAUAUUCUAGAAAAUAAUCAUGUGCAUAAAUGUAUGUUAUAUUAAACAAGCGUGUAUUGAUAAUUCAUUUUUUGUUCUUUCUGUUGGACAUGUAAAUCACAGUGUAGAGCAAAUCACUUUAUGUGUUUGAUGAACCUCUCUCAUAAAUCCAUGUAAUAAUUUGAUUAUACUU